GUUAUAACAUUUAUGACAGGGCAUUGUGGUGACUGAAGUCCUGUGCAGAUGACGACCACUUCAUACUCAUAAGGAGCAUAAUAAAUAAAGUAAAAUAAAAAUUAAAUAAAUAACAAACAUCAUAAAAAAGCCAGACCGUCAAAGGCACUACGUACCAACAAGACGCUUUUAAAACAAAGCCAAUUUGGCUGGACAGCUGCCAAUCUGCCAGCGCUGUUACUUGAGAAAAAUAGCACCGAUCAGCAGCCUGCGAACACGUGUGUGUCUGCUUCAUAUUCGCAGAAACCGAGUCGCUUAAUUGAUGACGUACUCCCCCUCGCUGCUCAACUCGACAGCGCACAGCAAAGUCGCCAGGUUAUCAAAGGAAUGUGAUCUACAUGUUGUGACUAUCAGCGUUACCUCCUUACUUACGGCUUACAUACAGCGGAGUUUUUAAAACCAUUUAAAUUCUGCUGAUUUUGACCUGCGUUUAUUGCAUUUAGUCAACACAGUCUGAUCUGGUAAACACUAUACAAUGUUGUUACAUCGUUAAAACGGUUCAUCAUAAACUGGGUAUUUAUUUUUAAAUUUUCAGUACUAUGCUUUGCGUAUACGUUUGCGAGUUGUUUGUGUUAUAUUGCAAAUCCCUCUUAGAAUUCCGAAAUACAACGGCAUAUUUUUGUUUGCAAAUACAGAUUGUUUUUCGUUGUGUUUUUUCAAGUUAGUUAAACCUGCAGCCUAAACCAGUCUGGCCAGUAACAGUAUUAUUACGCUUUGUUCAUAAUAUUGUUAUUACUACUUAGUGAUCACAGUUAAAACUGAUGCUGCUGACCAGACCCUCCCUUGUCCAAGCUCUGUGUCGUCACUUGUUGACCAAACGAGUGGACCAGUGUCUGACUGGGCAGCGUGCAUCGGAAAGAUGUGGACAGCAUCUUCCCAGUUCUCAGCUGCUGGUUCCUUAUGUAGUGAGGAGCUGGAGACACCUGUCUUCAGUUCCACCUGGGGAGAGCAGCCAAGUGGACCAUGACAAAGGGACUCCCCAGAACUCUGAAACAGCACUGCAGGAGAACGGAGGUGUGCAGGGGGGGGGGAGGAGGAGGGCAUGGGAGAGAUCUCUGUCUCCCCUGGAGAGAAUCGGCCAACUCCUGCCCCAGGACUCUCUGUCGGAGGACAUUCUGCACCUGCGGGCGAAACCACAGAAGGAGCAGAAUGAUCAGGAGGGGUCCCUGACUUCCGAGGCUCACACUACUAAACCCAGUGGUGCUACCGAUUUCUCUGAGCCACGUGGCCGCUCGACCUGUGGGGUGCCUUUCAAGUCAGGGGACCUGGUCCUUGCAGAGUUUCGCAGGAAGCACCGCGUGGAAUUCAGGAAGAUGUUCAGCCUGAGCUCAGAGGGGAAGCUGCACAGUAACUGGGGCCUGGUCCACCACCGGGACAUUGUGGGCAGGCUGCCCGGCCAGGUGCUCCGGACCUCCACCGGUGUAAGAUUACUGAUGAGACGUCCUGCACUGGACGAAUUCGUUCUGCUGAUGAAGAGGGGGCCCACCAUCUCAUACCCCAAGGAUGUGAACGCCAUGCAGAUGAUGAUGGAUGUCAGUGAGGGAGACUGGGUGCUGGAGACGGGUUCGGGGUCUGGAGCCAUGACACUCUUCCUGUCCAGAGCAGUGGGCUCGAGGGGGCGCGUGGUCAGUUUCGAGGUCCGCUCAGACCACCACGACAGGGCGGCGAGGAAUUUCCAGCGCUGGCGGUCAGCCUGGGAGGUGGCUCACGGGGAGGAGUGGCCUGACAACGUGGCCUUCAUCAACAAAGACGUGAGCAGCGCAGCCUCCGACAUCGCAGAAGUCACCUUCGACUCGGUAGCGCUUGACAUGCUCAACCCCCAGGUGGCCCUGCCUCUGGUGCACCGGCACCUCAAACAGGGAGCAGUGUGCGCUGUGUACCUGGCAAAUAUAACUCAGGUGGUGGACCUGUUGGAAGGGGUGCGGCACUAUCAGCUACCCUUCUUCUGUGAGAAGGUGACGGAGGUGACGCACAGACACUGGCUGGUGGCUCCAGUUCUAAGGAAGGACGGGCGCAAUGCACCCAGGGUACCGGCAGCAGGGGUCAGAGGUCAAGAGGGCAAGCCAGGGAGCAAAGAUCAGGACCAGCCAGAGGACCCCAGCGACCAGGAGGAAGGACUGUUGGAAACAGAGAUGGGCAGACCCUUUGGAACAGUACCUUAUAUCGCCCGUCCUCAUCACGAGCAGGGCAGCCACACAGCUUUCCUGGUCAAGCUGAGGAAAUUCCUGCCUGUGCCGCAUCUCCCCCACACACGUGAAGAGAAAGACUACAAUGACAGUCAAUAAUAAAGAUGCUGAUGUUUCAUAUUUUGUAAAAUGUGUUGUAUAUUUUUUGUAUUAAUAAAUAUGUCAUAUUUAAA